AGGGGAUGCGCGAGCCGUCUCCGCCCUCGCGCGGGAGCUGGGAGGCUGCGAGAUCCCUACCGCAGUAGCCGCCUCUGCCGCCGCGGAGCCUCCCGAACCUCUUAAGCCGCCCGGAGCCGCUCCCGGAGCUCGGCCGUAGAGGCUGCAAUCGCAGCAGGGAGCCUGCAGCCCGCGCCCCGAGCCCGCCGCCGCCCUUCGAGGGCGCCUCAGGCCGCGCCAUGGUGAAGGUGACGUUCAACUCCGCUCUGGCCCAGAAGGAGGCCAAGAAGGACGAGCCCAAGAGCGGCGAGGAGGCGCUCAUCAUCCCCCCCGACGCCGUCGCGGUGGACUGCAAGGACCCAGAUGAUGUGGUACCAGUUGGCCAAAGAAGAGCCUGGUGUUGGUGCAUGUGCUUUGGACUAGCAUUUAUGCUUGCAGGUGUUAUUCUAGGAGGCGCAUACUUGUACAAAUAUUUUGCACUUCAACCAGAUGACGUGUACUACUGUGGAAUAAAGUACAUCAAAGAUGAUGUCAUCUUAAAUGAGCCCUCCGCAGAUGCCCCAGCUGCUCUCUACCAGACAAUUGAAGAAAAUAUUAAAAUCUUUGAAGAAGAGGAAGUUGAAUUUAUCAGUGUGCCUGUCCCAGAGUUUGCAGAUAGUGAUCCUGCCAACAUUGUUCAUGACUUUAACAAGAAACUUACAGCCUAUUUAGAUCUUAACCUGGAUAAGUGCUAUGUGAUCCCUCUGAACACUUCCAUUGUUAUGCCACCCAGAAACCUACUGGAGUUACUUAUUAACAUCAAGGCUGGAACCUAUUUGCCUCAGUCCUAUCUGAUUCAUGAGCACAUGGUUAUUACCGAUCGCAUUGAAAACAUUGAUCACCUGGGUUUCUUUAUUUAUCGACUGUGUCAUGACAAGGAAACUUACAAACUGCAACGCAGAGAAACUAUUAAAGGUAUUCAGAAACGUGAAGCCAGCAAUUGUUUCGCAAUUCGGCAUUUUGAAAACAAAUUUGCCGUGGAAACUUUAAUUUGUUCUUGAACAGUCAAGAAAAACAUUAUUGAGGAAAAUUAAUAUCACAGCAUAACCCCACCCUUUACAUUUUGUGCAGUGAUUAUUUUUUAAAAUCUUCUUUCAUGUAAGUAGCAAACAGGGCUUUACUAUCUUUUCAUCUCAUUAAUUCAAUUAAAACCAUUACUUUAAAAUUUUUUUCUUUCGAAGUGUGGUGUCUUUUAUAUUUGAAUUAGUAACUGUAUGAAGUCAUAGAUAAUAGUACAUGUCACCUUAGGUAGUAGGAAGAAUUACAAUUUCUUUUAAUCAUUUAUCUGGAUUUUUAUGUUUUAUUAGCAUUUUCAAGAAGAUGGAUUAUCUAGAGAAUAAUCAUAUAUAUGCAUACGUAAAAAUGGACCACGGUGACUUAUUUGUAGUUGUUAGUUGCCCUGCUACCUAGUUUGUUAGCGCAUUUGAGCACACAUUUUAAUUUUCCUCUAAUUAAAAUGUGCAGUAUUUUCAGUAUCAUAUUUAACUAUUUAGAGAAUGAUUUCCACCUUUAUGUUUUAAUAUCCUAGGCAUCUGCUGUAAUAAUAUUUUAGAAAUGUUUGGAAUUUAAGAAAUAACUUGUGUUACUAAUUUGUAUAACCCAUAUCUGUGCAAUGGAAUAUAAAUAUCACAAAGUUGUUUAACUAGACUGCGUGUUGUUUUUCCCGUAUAAUAAAACCAAAGAAUAGUUCGGUUCUUCAUAUCUCAAGAGAAUCCACAUAAAAGAAGAAACUAUUUUUUAAAAAUUCACUUCUAUAUAUACAAUGAGUAAAAUCACGAUUUUUUCUUUAAAUAAAAAUAAGUCAUUUUAAUAACUAAA